UUUUUUAAACGUCAAAUCAUGUCAUUUCCUUUUGAUUAGUGGGCCGUCCAAUUAUUAAGUUUGUGAUUGUUUGUGAAAUAAAGCGUAAUGAUGGCUGCUGAGGACGCAACAGCGGACGCGACGAGGCGGUUAAAUGUUAAGAAACAAACGCUCGACGACGCGUACGCGGCGCCGGCCAAUUUCCUCGAAAUUGACGUGGUGAACCCAGUGACGACAAUGGGAGUCGGGAAGAAACGCUAUACGGAUUAUGAAGUCCGCAUGAGGACCAAUCUGCCCGUGUUCAAAGUGAAAGAGUCGAGCGUGAGGCGGCGGUACAGCGACUUCGAAUGGCUCAGAAACGAAUUAGAACGAGACAGUAAGAUUGUAGUACCACCUUUGCCGGGCAAAGCUUUAAAGAGGCAAUUGCCUUUCCGUGGAGAUGAUGGCAUAUUUGAAGAGGAAUUUAUAGAGGACCGCAGAAAAGGCUUAGAAACAUUCAUCAACAAGAUAGCCGGGCACCCGCUAGCACAGAACGAGCGCUGCCUGCACAUGUUCCUGCAAGAGCCGACCAUUGACAAGAACUACGUCCCCGGCAAGAUACGGAACACAUAAUAAUCACACUCCGCCCAACUUUGGAACAAUUCUGCUCAUACUAUCUACAUUUAAGCAGAUACGUUGUAAACUACUUUUUAAAGAAGAUAUACUUUUGCGUCUGGGUGAUGUUUAGAUAUGUUUUAGAGGUAUACAAUAAAGGGGGUAAAUUAGUAUUAAGAAUACUAUACACAGGUUAAUAUUGCAUCUAUAUUGUAUCUAUUCUGAUAAAAAACCCAGGCAUUCUACUGUGAUUGCCUUUAUAAUAUGAUAUCUUACUCACAAGAAUUGCUUUUAAAAAUCAUAAGUAAGUAAAGUUAGUCAUUAUUAGACUACCCAUCUCCAACUCUUACUCAAAAAUUAUUUUUAGUUAAGGGUUAUAAAGGGUGUUAAGGGUGCUAUUAUAUAAACAGAUUUUGCGUGAGAAAAAGAUCUCUUAUAUUCUCUAUGUGUAUGAGUAGGUAUUGGCAUAAUCAAUUGAAUUAAGAUCUCAUCAAGUGUAUGUUUUCACCCAGGAUUUCUAUGUAAAUUGGUAGGUUUUUUUCUUUAAAAAGUAGUUUUAUACAAUACAUAUUCACUAAGUGAAAGUUUUAAUUCAGUUAUGCCCUGAUUGGUCGGACUAUGGAGCCUUGGUCAGGUAGGUUCCAGAAUUUUAGUCAAAUUUUAAAUAACUGUUAUUGGUGUUUAUUAAUAUCACUGUUAAAAUAACAAACCGUUGACUAGUUAACUUGAACUGAUAAAGUAUAACACGUUCAGUGCCGAACACCCAACUAUCGGGUAUUUUAUGAUUUCGUUCCCAGGCCGGACAACCCGAUAGUCGGAAUCGUGGUGCUACUGCUUUACAUGACGAAAUUGUUGUGGCCUGGCGCGGAUGUCUUGUUUGGCUGGGUGGCAAUGAAUGUGUUAAAAAUGUAUCUGGGUUUAACCAAGAUAAAUCACUAUGCAAAUUGUUACGAUGACUAAUGUUUUCGAGUCUAUAAAACAAUGAUUCUUUGUCAAGACUUUGGACUUGCCACAGAUAAUUAAUGACACAGACUCCAGUUCAACCAUUAUUUAAAAUACAAAUGAUCUAUUUACACUAAUAACUUAUUUGUUCACAUUACACUAACAUCACUAAUAAUUAAAUGGCGGGAUUGUUCCAAAGUAAUAGAUAAUGUAUCAGUGAUCAUAUUAAAAUAUCACGAAUGCAAUAACCUUCGAGCGAUGGAAAAUGACGACGGAUUUAUGCGGCACUGCAUUCCACAGAUAAAAAAAGAUAUUUAUUUUUGCGUUCAGACUGCAACGAUCUGGUGUGAACAGUGAAUCAUUAUGCUGUGUCUACAUUUGAGUAAACGUUAUCCGCUAUGACAUGACUCAAAUGGGUACACACUAAUAAAAUUAGAACAAAAUUAGUUAUUGUUUGAAAUAAAGCAAUAUUAUUGGAAUUGUUGAAAUUGUUUAGCGUUCAUAAUCUCUAUGUAUAUUCAGUUAGCAUUGCGAGUAAUUAUAUGUUAUAGUCAAUAGAUUAAACAUUAAGGUUAUUUUACUUUAUUUUGUAUACAUAAAAUCUCAUUGGUUUGAAUUCAUUCGCCAUCUUUUUUUUCUAAAUCCCUGCGCAAGAGACCUCUGAACCGAGAUAAUCCUUCUCACUCUCAUAUAUAAUGGGGUCUCUUUUCCGUGGGAGUUUCAUCAUGUUUGAGCUAGCUAAGUGUAUUUAUUUUCCUGGUUUAUUUGGUAUGAGUUGAGAUGCUUCUGGCCUAGAUUGGUA